AUGAGGAAAAUAGGCAUCGCUACCGAGUACAAUGAAAGCAGAGAAGAUCGCCGAGUGCACAGCCUGUGUGGGACAAACAGACUGCGACACAUUGCCCUCGUGUGUAUUUACUUAAAUGAUAGUGUGUGCGACCUCGUAGUCCACCGUGCUAAGCGGGAGUUUGGCCCAUUCACGCUCACCGGGCCUUGGUGGCUGGUACUCGCAGGAGGCACAGGAAGAGGAGGGCUGGGUACAGUGGCAGGCCCAGCAGUAGGGGCACGGCCAUGGGGGGGCCGCAUCUCUUCCUCCACCUUGUACCGGGACAGGCGCUGGGGCUUUUGGGGUGGGGCUCCUUUCAGAGGUGCACCAAGAGUCCCGGAGCUGAGGCCUUGGCUGAACAGAGCAGCACCUGGGGUGGGGGGCUCGGGUAGUCAUAGGGAAGCGAGCGAGGCGGAGAAAGCAAGACGGGCAAGAUGUUCUCCAAGAGUCUGGCUCGUACUGGGCUCGCUGGUUCUGGUCUUUCUCACCUCGCUCUUCUUCUCCGUCUCGCUCCGGAGCGGCGUUGGUUUUAACUACCUGGAGCCGCCGGGGUGGGAGGAUUCUCGGCGGGUGAAGCUGCUGCCCAGCUACGCGGGCUCACGCAAGCAGAACCCCCGUGACUCUCAGCUACAGAAAACGUGCGCCUGCCCUCGCUGUGUCGGAGACCCCGGUGUCUCGGACUGGUUCGAUGAGAACUAUGACCCGGAUAUCUCACCUGUUUGGACCAGAGAUAACAUCCAGCUGCCCUCUGAUGUCUACUACUGGUGGGUGAUGUUGCAGCCCCAGUUUAAACCCCACAGCAUCCAGCAGGUGCUCCUUCGGUUGUUCCAGGUUAUCCCUGGACGAUCUCCAUAUGGCUCAUGGGAUCCCGGACGAUGCCUUCGGUGCGCUGUAGUGGGGAACUCUGGCAACCUGCGCGGGGCUGGAUAUGGAGCGACCAUAGAUGGACACAACUACAUCAUGAGGAUCAACUUGGCCCCCACAGUGGGCUACGAGGAAGAUGCCGGUAGCCACACCACUCACCACUUCAUGUAUCCAGAGAGCGCCAAGAACCUGGUGGCCAACGUCAGCUUUGUCCUGGUUCCUUUUAAAACACUGGAUCUCGUUUGGAUCACCAGCGCGCUGUCUUCCGGCCAGAUCCGAUUCACCUACGCUCCGGUGAAGCAAUUUCUCCGUGUGGAUAAAGACAAGGUCCAAAUCUUCAACCCGGCAUUCUUUAAAUACAUUCACGAUCACUGGACCAGCCAUCAUGGCCGCUACCCAUCCACAGGCAUGCUAGUGCUCUUCUUCGCCCUACACGUCUGCGAUGAGGUGAAUGUAUUUGGCUUUGGGGCGGACGGCCGUGGAAACUGGCACCACUACUGGGAGCAGAACCGUUAUGCAGGAGAGUUCCGAAAGACGGGGGUCCACGAUGCAGACUUUGAAGCUCAGAUCAUUCAACGACUGGCUGAGGCUGGAAAAAUCACUGUUUAUCCAGGCAAAUAAGUCACUAGCCGGCCAAGCUAAGGGAAACAGUUUCUGCCAGAGAUGCGAAGUCCUUCUAAAGCGGUUGCGAAAAGGUCACUGAUGUGUAACACCAUAUCUGAUUAUCGCCCUCUAGCUAGGAACCAAAUGUUUGGAUGUGGACCACCGCUCAAGAUAUCAAGCUGAGUGAGGCUCUGCUCAGACAGCGAUGGGGAGGGUCAAGCCUCCGGGUUUCACCCCUUGUGAUCAGCGCUGAGACUGAAAGAAAGGAGCCGCAUUUUGGAAUCGUAAAUUUCCAAAUCGAGACUGAAAAGCAAAGCUGUCAAAGAAACAAUGACACUGACUGACCCUGAGAUGGGCGGCCCGGUAGUCCAGCGGUUAGCACGUCGGCUUCACAGUGCGGUGCCGGGUUCGAUUCCAGCUCCGGCCUCCCUGUGUGGAGUUUGCAUGUUCUCCCCAGGUCUGCGUGGGUUUUCUCCGGGUGCUCCGGUUUCCUCCCACAUUCCAAAAACAUGCGUUGCAGGCUGAUUGAACACUCUAAAUUGUCCCUAGGUGUGAGUGUGAGCGUGGUUGGUUGUUCGUCUCUGUGUGCCCUGCGAUUGGCUGGCAACCGAUUCAGGGUGUCUCCCGCCUACUGCCCGGAGACAGCUGGGAUGGGCUACAGCACCCCCCGCGACCCUAGUGAGGAUCAAGCGGUUCGGAAGAUGAAUGAAUGAAUGAAUGAAUGGCCCUGAGAUUGGCACUGAAAGAGCUCAAAAGGGAUUCAUCACAUGCUGUCAUGCUCUCUAAUCCGACACCAUUUCUAUAGAUACGGAUUGCCUUGAACAGAAAACGCCGCCGUCAAACUACUCCUGUGGACUAUUAUUCUCCAGACAGUGUUUCCAAAAGCAACAAACGACUGAGCUGUGGAUGUUGACCAACACACAAUGCAACACUGAAGGUGUGCAGACAGACAGGCAGACAGUAAUGACUCACCGCACACUAUGUGCCAGCAACUGACGCACACAGUGAGAUUUUCCAUUUUAGAGGCAUUACCGAGUAUGGAAAGGAAAACACUUCACUUCUUUACAAGAAUGACGACCGUGUUAUAUUAAAGUUUUUGUUGAAAUGAAUAGGUUAUGUGAGGUGAUUACUUGGAGUUAAGAGAAAGAUUCUCCUGGAAUUCUGUUUCAGUGAAAGUUCCAAGAGGACAUUGUUUUGACUGCGUGUUUGGAUGCUUGCACGCUGGUCUCGGAUCAGACUUUUAAUAAUCCCCAUGUGGUGUGUCACGGUCCAAUUUUAGAGCCGAAGCACGACAAAGCCAGCGGGGCACAGCAUCAUUUGGUCCGAGUUUGUGGUGUUUCGCAACUUCUUAAGGCUCUCGGCAAACUGUGCUACAUUUCAUCUUUUAAAGGAUUGCAAACACUCCAAACGGACUUUUGCAUCCCGGUGGAUUUAGCUCAUUCUUGAUUAGUGCCCAUUUGAUGGGUGGAAGACCAUCGGAAACCACUUGGAUGUGAAAUCGUUGAACAUCUUAGUUUCAUCUUCUGCUAGUCCUGCCUGGUACCUGCCAAUUAAACCUUCAGCUGUCUCUUCAAGGGGGGUACAGUGUCACCACACGCCUUAGAUAUCACCAUUUACCUGCAAUUACCUUUUCGUUUUUUUUUUUCUUUCUUUCUUCAUAUUCUCUUUGGCACAAUGUUUGAUUUCCAUUGUUUCAUUUUGACUGCAUUCCAGGGUUUCUAACUGUUGUUGCGCAGUCCAGUGAUGUUACUUUAUCGCUCACUGGGUGAUCCUUGAAACAUUUUUAUUUUGUCAAAAGAAGUAUCCCAUUUAAAGGUGCAUUUGGGGAAAUGCUUUGUUUUUGUCGAGGAGCUAAGGCAUUAAAAAGGAUUAAUAGUACUCCCAUAACAGCCUGUUAAAUUAAUAAGCCAAAUCCAAAGAAUGUUUUCUACCAAACUGAAGUUACCCGCCCAUAGCGUUCAAAUGAUUAUGACGAUUUUGGCUUGAGAUUUGGAGUUGGAAUACAGACAAAGGCAUAAGAAUGGUAUAAAUCACAUGCCUGCUGACUGGCGACCAGUUUAGGGUGUAUUCCCACCUCUCACCCAAGGUCAGCUGGGAUUCAAGUGAGGAUAAGCGGUACAGAAAAUGAAUGGAUACACAGCAAGCACUUCAUUCGGAACACCAUCAUAACAAAGUGCAAAACAAUACAGAAGCUCCAUUCAAAAUCUGACUCCAUGACGAGAGUCAGAAAGAGCUUCCAACAACCACAAUAUAAACACAUUGUACUAUGAAAGCAACUUUCAUAUUAGAACUCAUUAAAUAGUCUCCCGAACGUCAUGACUGGUGAGUGUAAAUAUUCGACACAUUACGGACAUUAGCCGCAUUUCAACAAAGAACAAAGAAACCAUAAUGAACAUCAUGCCUAAAAAAAUGAAGUAACGCUGGCCAACAAAAGAUGAUUACCAUGAAGCUGUUAAAUGUUAACAGGUACAGAGGCUAAAAUAAAGGCGUCAAUAAUUCAGCAAGUCCAUCUUUUCAGUCAGCCUAUACCAGUUACCAAGUGGAUCUUAAAAGCUGCUUUUGUCGCACUUUUCUGUUGCCAUGACAAGGUUCUACUUUAGGUUGCCGAAAGCACCUGCGAGGACAGAAUUUAAAUCAUUCGAGACUACAGUCGAUGAGAAAAACAACAUUUUCAUGUGAUUUGGCAGAUUAAAAAAAUAUGAUCUUUUUCUAUGGGAGAAAUCAACACAUCAGAAGACUUCAGGAAAAAUACUGUACUUCAUUCUCCUUUUCAGAUAAAAAUAAAUAAUACUAAUUUCAAUAAAAGAAUAUAGCUCAUGUUACUUAGGUUGAGGCUCCAUCUGUAACACAAGCACAUUUUAAAGGCUGGUAGAAGCUACAAAAUGUAUCACUCAAGUUUAACUUAGCAUAUUUACAAAAUUAUAAACAAUAACAUUUAAAAGACUUUACAUUAUUCGAUUUUUUUAACAUUUAACAAUUACUUGCAUAAUUAACUACAAUUAAAUGAUAAAUUAUGUCAUUUUAAAAUGAGAAUAAUCUCAAAUUUUGUGCACACAAUGUACAUUUUUUUAACUUAAACUGCAAAUGCUAUUAAAAGAAAAUGUGCCCCUCGCAUACAAAAGUUUGCCCAUCCAUUUUAGGCUCCCCCAACCUGGUGAUGAAAAGAAUUCCUCCUUCUGUGCUAAUAUCAGCCUUAUUUACAUAUCAAUGUAUUUUAUUUUUGGAUGCUUCAAUCCUGUCUAUGAUCAAUUCUUAUCAUCUCUCUUUGCACACAACAGCUCUUAAAAGAUGAUUUUAGUUUGUGUUGCGGAGACAAGAGUGGCUGAAUAAGGACAGACAGUACAGUAGUUGUGACUCUUUGCCCACACGCAACAUUCAAGCUUCAGUGGAUUGGCUGCCACUGCCGGACAUAUCAACCCUCGAGCCACUCGCUUACGGCAACCAUCUGCUAAGCUUUGCAUCUUUUUGCUUUGCACUGACUGACACACACCUGCUGUAGGUCUGCUGGCUGCGAGCUGUGCCUUCUGCGCUGUACACACUCCAGUACAUACACAAACAUAUUCCGCCUUCCUGUGGUACAUGCUUUCACGCUUACCGUCUUCCUUUUUUAUAAAGAUGGCCACAGGUUACAGUGGGUGAUGUGUGUGAUUCAUUGCUAAUUUUUGUAUAAAUUGCUCGCAUUUACCGUCUGUCCAGAACCAUACUUGUAUUGCAUCUUAUACUGUAGUUGCCCAGUACUCACUCAAUAAACAAGAAGACAUAUUUAAAGAUGAGAUAUCUCUAGUCAUAAAUUGGUUCAUGGUUCCAAUUUUUUGGGUUGUAUCCUUAUACAUACAAUGAGGAUGUCAAAAGUCAACACUCCCCUCCUAUGUACGAUGUCAAAAAUGAGAACAAAACUAAGCAUUGGAAAAAAAAUAAUAAAAUUGAAAGCCUAGAAAUAUGUAGUUGCCAAACUAUUUUUAAAUUACACAUGAUUCAAUUUCACUACUGCCAUCUUUUGGGUAUCUACAAGGCACAAAAUUGGUUGUAUUUGAUCCUUCUUUUCCUGGAAAAGUGCUUCAUAUACUGUAAAUCGCAUGUAUGCGAGGGCAUGCCUUGGGCUGAGUCAUUUGCCAUAGGUUUUUUUAUUUUAAUGAGGUCUAAACUCUGGCAAAACGAGUCCAUUAAGUCAUAAAGUUUCAUACUUGCUCUUAUUCUGUGAAGAAAAUCAGAGAUUGUUUUCAUAGGUAUUUUGGGCUUCCAGCACGCCCGACAUUUUUAACAAAUGUAAUCCUGUAUGUAGAUUGAGAGGGCCUCUGCCUUGUUACAUGUAAAUGUGGUAAAGCUCUUAAUAACUUCCAUUUUAAUUUUGUCCUUUAAUUAAUUUAGUUAAUUUAAUUAAGAGCCACUUUAAUUAAUAUGAAUAGCUAUUCAAAUCACCCGCCCUCCUAAAAAAGUAAAUUCAAAACAUAACUUUAAAAUAGAUUGUUUUAAUCUUAACACUGAUAAUUCCCACCAACACGAUUGUAAUGGUUUGGAUCCAACACAUUUUUUUUUUCAAACUGAAUCAUUGAGGCAUUUUUCAUAUUAUGUUCUAUAUUUUCCAUUUUUAUUGUCAUUGAUUCAGCACACAUUUUUCCAGGGAUGGCAAUUUUUAUAUCCACUCUAUGACACUGUUACUAAUAUUAAUAUUAAUCAUUUGUUCCAUGAUGCAACUUCUAGCUUCGAAGAUUAUUUAUGUGUCUCAAGUACCAGACUAACAUUUCUAUGACAUUGUUGCUCUUUGUAGGAAAUUGAUUUUCAUGUUUCCCAUGAUGGAAAAGGCCGGGACAGGCUGUUAAGCACAAAACAGACAACUAUUAUGAGAAUCAUGAUUGUGAUUAUUAUUAUUAUUAUUGUUGUUGUUGCUUUUAAAAUAUGGCAACAAGUAGAUAGGACAUCUAAUGUAGGGUUCUGUGGAAGUCUGAGCAAGACUAUGUUUUGUUAUUUCACUUUGGUGAUUAUGUUAAGGUUAGAACAAAACACGAGUUGUUUGAGUAAAACUGGACAGUUCCUGUACAGUAUGUCCUCGUGCAUUAUUGGGUUUUUCAAAAUCAAAACAAAACA